GCCUGUUGUCCAUUCUGCUCUCAAUAUGGCUGCGUGGUUGUCCCGCAGCCUGAUGCAAAGGAAUGGACGCUGGCUGCUGACGGGUCCAACUGCCGUGGCCCGGGCCUGCUCCGGGGGGCCGGGGGGCCCGUCGCCCGCGGCCCGAGGCGAACCUCGGACAGUGGACGACCUCCCGCGGGUCAGCUUCUUGGAGCUACUCUACAGGAUGGUGUUUCAGGGUUUCUACAACCGUUUGCAUGAGCUACAGAUCUAUGAGAAGCGGCGAUACGGGCCCAUAUACAGAGACGGACUCCAGUCGGUGUCCGUGAACACCCCGAAGCUGCUGGAAGAAGUCCUGAGGAACGACGGGAAGUUCCCUCAACGGGGCGACAUGUCGGCGUGGAAGGAGUAUCGUGACCUGAGAGGAUUCGGCUACGGGCCUUUCACAGAGGAGGGGGAGAAGUGGUACAACCUGAGGGUGGUGCUGAAUAAGCGCAUGCUGCAUCCGAAAGACUCCGCACAGUACGACGGCGUCAUCAACGACGUGGUCGCAGCCUUCGUCAAGAGGAUCUACUUCCUGCGUCGGGGGAGCCCCACGGGGGAUUUGGUGACGGAUGUGGCCAACGAGUUCUAUCACUUCUCGCUAGAGGGUAUUGCCGCCAUACUGUUUGAGACGAGGGUCGGGUGUCUGGAGGAGGAAAUCCCCGCAAGUACCGUCGACUUGAUCAACGCCAUAGCCCAGAUGUUCGAGAACAACAUGGCUGUGUUGGUGAUGCCCAAGUGGAGCCGCGGUCUGCUGCCCUACUGGGGGCGCUACGUUGCAGGCUGGGAUGGUAUCUUCAGCUUUGCUAAAGCGUUGAUUGACAAGAAGCUGGAGGUGAUCCAGCAGCGAGUGGACGACGAGCGUGACGUGGAGGGCGAAUACCUCACGUACCUCCUCUCCAACACUCAGAUGAGCAUGGGGGACGUGUACGGCAGCAUCGCUGAGCUCCUGCUGGCUGGAAUGGACACAACCUCCAACACCCUCACGUGGACUCUGCACCUCCUGUCCAAGCACCCCGAAACCCAGGAACGACUUUAUGGAGAAGUGUCCGCGUUGGUGCCGGCGGACCGGAGCCCCUCCGCCGCCGAGGUCACCCGGAUGCAGUAUUUAAGGGCCGUAGUCAAAGAGGCCCUGAGGAUGUAUCCCGUGGUUCCUAUGAACGCCAGGGUCAUCGCAGAGAAGGACGUCACCAUUGGUGGAUAUCAAUUCGCAAAAAAAACCCCUUUCACAUUCUGCCACUACGCCAUCAGCCACGACGAGGACGCGUUCCCGGAGCCGUUCGCCUUCAAGCCGGAGCGAUGGCUCCGUGACGGCCGCGAGAGGCCACACCCCUUCGCCUCCAUCCCCUUCGGCUUCGGAGUGAGAGGCUGCGUCGGCCGCCGGAUCGCCGAGCUGCAGAUGUACCUGGUUCUGUUCGCGGUCGUCAGGCAGUUUGACAUCAAACCAGAACCCAACGUGGGCGAGUUGAAGAGCAUCAACCGCACGGUCCUGAUACCGGACCGACCGCUGAACCUCCACUUCGUGGCCCGUCGCCACGGAGACGCGGCUUGAUUUUUUAAAUUACUUUUUACAUAUUCCUUUGAAAUGGAAAAGCUUUUAUUUUAAGGUUGUCCGCUGUGUUGAGACCGAUCUGGAACUGUACUGUAUUAUUAUUAUGAUGCAAACCGAGAAGAGCAAUAUUCAGGAAUUAGAACGAGUUUUAAGAUAAAGAGGAAACAUAUAUUUAUAUUUACCUGGCUCACUUCAGUUUAAAGUUGGUACUGUGUUUUUAUAAUGAGCUCCUCUGUAAAAUAACACGUACACAAUGGAGGUAAGACUUUAUUUGAAGAUGAACAAAACUAUAAUUGUGUAAACUGAAAGUGAAACGACUCUUUUUUUUGUGAUCAAAUCUUUUAUUGGUUUUCGAGGCAGAGGCAUCACUGGAGAUCAGUCAGAAUGAGAGUUUGGUACUGCACGGCCGGUUAGGGGAAGUGGACCCGGGUCACCAGGGGGAGGAGUCACAGGGAUGGAUGGAUGGCAAUGCAGUGGGCUGGUAGUGAGAGGAGGCGGUACAAUAAAAAAACACUCGGACAAGCAUUGUGACCUGAGCGUGACAUCUUUUUAUUAAAAUCAAAAAUUAUUUAAAAAGAUUAUAGAAAUAUAUAGAACAUUGGAAAAUUAUAUUAAAUGAAUACAAAAUGUAAAUAUUAAUUUCAUUGAAUAAAAAAUAUAUAAAAAUAUA